CCGAUCGGUGGCUAUUUCACAAGUACAAUACCACAACCUAUAUGUAUAUUUUUCAUUUGACGGCAUAACAGUGCUACCGAUCGAGAUGAAAAGUUCGAUGUUGGCGAAUGUAGUUUUCGUGCUAAGCGUUGCGGGUGUUACACAUUUUAUCAACGGUGAUCACUUAAGUAACGAAACUAGUGUUAGUAGUGUCGGUGAAUCUUCAAUUGCAAGCCGCAGUAUAAUACUUCCAGGUGACUUAUCAAAUCCAAAUAUAGUUGAGGGCAAAAAUUUAUCAACGAUACACGACAGUGAAAAUAUAAAUAGUUAUAGUUUGGACCAGAAUAUCUUCACCCAUGAAAGAAAUGGAGAUCAAAAACUGAAAAUUGUCAGUGAAAGCGCACAUCAGCUCAGAAAUACCUCAUCAGCUCAAUCAUCUACGAGUCUUAAAACUAACGUAGCGUCGAGUAGUACUGAAAAAAGAACGCGAAGAACAAGUAGCAGUAGAGGUAGCAACUUUUCAGAAAAACUAAAAGGGUGGCAACCUUUGUAUGGAAUUGGUAGACUAGGUAGAGAAGCUUUAGACACAAAAUGCAGGAAGGAGCUACAACAGCUAGUGGAAGCUAUUGAAAAUAAAAAAGUAUGGGCCCUGAAAGCCUUGGACGCCAGUGGUACGCCAGAACCAGGCUUCUUCUACGGCAACAACCUGUGGAUAGGCUCCCAUUUCCAAUGCGUGGAUAUCUCGAACAGGAAGCCGUUCGAAGUGAACAAAAAUGUGCCGCACGCUGCACCGACUCCUUAUGACUAUCCACCAUUCCAGAUGGCGUUCGCUAUGGUAUACGCCAGACACAACAGCACUUUGCAGCAACAUACGCAACUGCCUUCCGAGUGGACUGUACAACUCGGAUUAUGUAUCCCAAAAUCUUGUAGCAGUGAUGAUCUCAAACACUUAUCAAAAAAGUAUUUUUCUGAAGACAGUCUAGAAUUUCAGGACAUCUACAAAGUGAAACUUGAUGUUCUUGAUGUUAAGAAACUAAGAGAAGAUGCUGGAUGGGUUUUCAUGUCGCCGAAAACAAUAAUAUUCUUAGUUAUUUUGAUUAUUACGCUGUUGCUUUGCAUCGUGGGUACUAUCUUAGAUGUAAGGAGGCAUAAUAAAGAAAAAAAUCUAAUCAGUGGACAUAAUGCUGGUAUUACUAUGAAUGAAAAAUGCGUCACUACAAACAUUACAACAGUCGAGCUAGUACCACCCGGCUUGGACAGCGAACUCUCAAAUCGUGAACCAAGCUCGUUAGAAAAAAUCCUAGUAUGUUUCUCAGUGUACACAAACACAAAGAACCUGAUGAAAACGAAGCUAGCCUCAGACUCAAUCGGAUGCAUCCACGGUCUCAGAUUUUUGGGCAUGCUUUGGGUCAUCGCGGUGCAUUCGAUAUUCUACCAAGUCGAUUUCUUCAAGGACCCAGCGGUUGGGUUCAGGGUUUCCGAGCAGUUUUUCUCGCAGGUUUUCAGCAAUUCCUCGUACUGCGUUGACACGUAUUUGGUAAUCAGUGGCUUCUUGGUAGGGUAUUUGUAUUACAAAGCAAAAAAUCCUCAUGCAGAAAUGAAAAAAAAGAUCAAUUAUAUGGGAAAGAUUAACGAAUUUUUCCAGAUGUAUAUUAACAGAUACUUACGCUUGACGCCUCCGUACAUCAUCUUGAUCAUAUUCGCAGAGUACAUUUACACAUACUACAAAUAUUCCUCAUCGCUAACUUCCUUCGAGAAGCAAGACCAACUGUGCGAAAAGUACUGGUGGAGAAAUUUGUUGUACAUCAACAAUUUGUAUCCUAGGUCCGAGAUGUGUCUCAGUUGGUCAUGGUACUUAUCUUUAGACACUCAAGCGUUUAUGGUUGCUAUUGCCUUGCUUAUUUUGUCCACUGUAGUAUUUAAAAUUGCUGCAGCAUUUACGAUAUUGUUAGUUUUAGUUAACAUUGUGUCUGUGUCUAUGAAAACGUAUUCUAUUGGAUAUAUUCCCACGAUGGAUGAACAAUUUGCUCAACUAGAUGCUAUCUAUGACCUGCCGUGGCACAGAAUUGGACCAUACCUUGUCGGAGUAAUAACGGCCUACUUCCUAAAAGUGAGGCUUCAAAACAAGCUAAGCUUACAAAGGAGUACAAGGAUAUUUCUGUGGACAAUAUUCCCACUGCUAAAUUUAUGGAUAAUAUUCACGAUAUACACCAGACAAAUAUCAAUAGAAUAUUCAGCUUUUUACAUGGGUACAUCUAGAGUGCUGUGGGGUAUUGGAAUAUCAUGGAUCUUGAUUGCCUGCUGUACGGGGAAUGCGCCACUCCUAAACAAGUUCCUGUCCUUCAAGGGAUUCAUACCUCUCAGUAGGAUGACGUACUGUGCAUACCUGCUGAAUCCUUUAACUGCCCAAAUUAUGUUUUUGGGAUCUGAGACGGCAUUUAGUUUAAAGGCUGGUAUGACAUUGUCUAUCUGCGCAGUAUCUCUGAACACAUUCUACAUGUCCUACCUAUACUGUUUAAUGUUCGAGUGUCCAUUUGUCCGUCUAACAAAGAUGGCGUUGACAAAAGUGAUGGGAAAACGUAGUGGCACACAAAGCAACAGAACUGAUGAUCAGACACAGAAAAACAUUGGCGACAAGACGAACAACGACAUAACAACAAACGAAAAUAGUUAAUUGUGAUUUUGUUGAAUAUGGUUAGAAUGAAAUUUUAAGAUAGAUUGUUUUUGUGACGUCACACACUUAACAGCAAUCAAAUGACACAUCGUAGUAAUGUAGCUCCCUAAAAAAUCCAAUUAGUUUCCCGGUGGGUUUCUAUGACCUCAAAAGCCUGGCACACGCUGCGAGAGGCUGCCGCGGGCAGUCGUGUGUGUAUUCAUUCGCAGAAUAUACGUUUUUAAUAGUCCGUUAUUCUCGGCCGCAGAUGCUGAAGUGCUAAGCAGUAUUGAAUAUGAAAAAGUUUCUCAGUUCAAGGUACUUCCGAAGAUAAACGGUUUUUUCAAAAAUCUUUUUAAUUUUUACCCGACUUUACUCGAGGUAGGAUAUUUUAAUAACUUGCACAUUAUCUUUGCACUUUGCGCGGUAUAAUAAGAAUUUCAAUAUGACGUUUCGUCUCGUGUCCUCAAUAAUCAACAGUUAUCCUUAAGAAGGCUAUAUUGGAUGUUUUCACAGGUGGAUAUAUUGAUUAUUUAGGCAGGGAUAUUCAAAUUUAAAUAUGUCCUGCAUUCAUCAGAUGUGUGGAGUAACACUAAGUUAAAACGGAAGGGGGAGAACUCAUUCAACUUUCCAGAAAUGCCUCUUAAUGUCCCAAUCCUGAAACGAUAUUUUCAUUUCACCCGGUAUAUACAGUAUUUCACAACUUAUCCGACAAAUUUUAACCACAUAUGAACUGUUACGAAAGAACUUGAUUUCUCAAAAAAAAAAAUGUUAUAAAAGUCCUACAGAAAUCGAGAUAAUAAAAUAAUACAGCUUAACAGUUCACUUACUUAUAAAAGCUGUGCAAAAUUGUUUCCAUUGACUGCAGUUGGGCCUCAUGUAAUAUGCGCCACGCUGUUGCAUGUGACACAUCGCGACCUGUUGGGCUAAGAGUGCCGUGUGCUUAUUCCCGAAUUUUCUUCCAUAUUAUCCAAAAAUUUCGUCUUCGGCAUUUAAAACGCGUUGUGUGCGAACCCGACCUCCAUCCACUCCACGUCUGGGGCGCAAAUCUCCACUAGCACGUGCACGUAAAACAAUUGAUCUAAAUGUUUCGUAAUGUGGUAUGUGCCUGUUCGGAAAUCGGUGUGCAUACAAACGAGAAUGCGCUCGCGAAUUUUGCCCUGCUUCUCCGUACGCUGAACGAAUCUCCACUAACUCCUCAUUAGUGUACACGCGUGCCAGUUUUAUAAAUAAAUAACUAAAAACAAAAAUCGACCGUUCUUCAUUCAGAUCACCCACGAUACAGAUUAAACCUUAUUUACACGUUCUUGUCAGUAUGAAAAACGCAAAAACGAAUUUUGAAAGCAAUUUGUCGAUCACUCUAAAUACGACCUAGACAAUGAACUUCAGAGCUCGUUUGGAGGUCAGCUUUGUAAAUGCAAAUAGCAGCUACCAUUUUUGGCAGAAGGUUCGUGUGGGGCAAAAUAUGUCAUAGAGUUAAUUUUCCGUUUAACAAUUAUGUUUAAAAUUUUAUUUUAUUUUUUUAUCCUAUUAAACUAUUAAAUACCAGAACAUUCUGAAAACCAUACAUUUUUUUCAAAAAGGUUUCAAGAAAUGUUUUGAGGGUAUCAUUCAAACAGCAACCACCAUUUUUGACAAUAUAUUCGUGUCGAACUUGAUAUUUUCAUACAUGAGGUCAAGGGAUCAUACGUGGUUCAAUCAGUCUGACCUACUGUAACGUCUGGAAAGUACACGUACAUCCCGAAAAGAAAGGUUUUUAAAGACCUUAAAAGCAAUUCGUCCAUCACUCUAAAUAUGACCUAGAGGUCAUUUGGAGGUCACUUUUGUAAAUUCAAAUAGCAACUACCAUUUUUGACCGCAGAGUAGUGUCGAGCUUCAGAUUCUACAUCAUAAUUCUUUGUCACACAUGAGGUCAAGUAGUCAUGAGCGUUCAAUCAGCAUGACCUACUGUAACGUCUGAGAAAUACACGAACACUUUGAAAACGUGGCGACCACGCACUUUUCCUCACUCUGUAUCGUCAGAGUACAGUACAGGUCAUACAAUGAUUUCUUUUUGAUCUUUUAAGACGUAGACUAUUACUAAUCACUAAUGACCAAUUGACCUCAUGUAUGAUGUAUGAUGAUAACUCCCGAGCUCGACACGAACCUACUGUCAAAAAUAGUUAUUGCUGUUUGAGUUUACAAAUUUGACCUCCAAAUGACCUCUUGUUGACCUAUUGUUUAGGUCAUAUCUGAGGUCAUACACAAAUAACAUAUUUGAUACCAUGAAACUUUUCUCAGAACCUUUUUGGGGUUGCUAUUUGAAUUUAAAAAAUUGACCUAAAAAUGACCCCUGAGGUCAUUGUUAAGGUCAUAUCUGAUGACACCGACACAUUGUUUUUUGAUACCCCGAGACUUAGAACCUUUUUUACAUAAAUGCAAGGUUGCCAAGCUUUUGGGGUAUGAGGGUAUUUAAUAGACAUAGCUAACCAAGCGCGCCCAGCGGUCAGCGCUUGAACUAAAGAAUGUAUAUAUCUCAGUUCUUGCGACCGCCACUAGGAGCGUUACUUGUUAUUAUUAUUAUUAUUAAGCAACAAAUUUGAGUUGAGUACAAGUACUAUAACCAUAUUAGCUGUUUGAUCGCCAAUGAGAGUGCGAGUAAAGAAUAAUCAAAAAAUUAUUUCGCGAACUAGCUGUAGAAUGCUUGGAGGCCGAACGUAUUGUUAGAAAGUAUUACAACAGCAAUUGUUGUAAAUUUUUGUGAUAUAUAUUGUUAUUAGUAGCGUGAAAAUAAGUAUGUAUACAUCACGAUUGUUGAAUGUGAUGUUGCGGAUAUAUUGGUUUUGACAAUAUUAUUUAUUGUAAAUUAUUAUUUACUGCGUAUUAAAUACAUAUUUAUUUUAAAUGUAAAACUGG